AUGCCGCUGUGGUGUCGGGUCGGUUUCCAGGGUGGCGUCGACAUUGGGGAGCAUCAUAUUCCCCAGGGGACAAAUGUCUGUAUUUCGAACUACGUCCUACACUAUAAUCCCGACAUUUGGGGAUCAGAUCACGAAAUAUACAAGCCUAGCCGCUGGCUUGAUGACUCUUACAACAAAGAAAAGGGAAGAUACCUAAUUCCAUUCAACCCAUUAUCCGCAGCGGAAAUUUUGACCUCGUCGGCAAUCAUCAAGGCCUCGUCAAAGGGGGAGCUCAAGUUCAAUAGCAUCACCUUGCUGGAGCCGCUCAAGCUCGAAUAUGCCGCUUUUCGUGAUUCGGGAGGUUCAAGGCCUCGAAGAAGAUCCAAAGCCAUUGUGAUUGCCCGUGGAAACCAGAAAGUAUCUGAAGUUACCGUUGAUUUGAUUUCAGAGACCAUCGAUGCUUGGGUAGAUUUUAAAGACGUGAUGCCAAUUCUCACUCUGGAGGAUCUGGAUGUGAUCGAAAGAAUUUCAAGAGUUCAUCCACAGGUGAUAAAAGCCUGCAAAGAAAUUGGGAUAACUGAUAUGUCAAAUGUCUUUUUUGAUGGCUGGGCAAUCGGAAUAGACGAGCGCUGGGGAUUCGAGCGAAGACUACAGCAAGCUCUCCCCUACUAUCGCAAAUUCUCAUCGGAUAAUCAAUAUGCCCAUCCACUUGACUUCAUUGUUGUUGCCGACACUGAGAGAGAGGAAGUUCUAGCUGUUGACAUCAAAACGGUGAACGGCGAACGUACGCCAAUUUCGCUUCAGGAACAUAACUACCUGCCUGAGCUGGUAGGAAAGAGCCUCCAUGGGUAUGAUAUCCUGAAACCAAUCAACAUUACUCAGCCCGAGGGUGUCUCUUUUUCUAUGCAAGGGCGGGAGAUUUCAUGGGCAAAUUUAAAGCUGCACAUUGGAUUCAACUACCGCGAAGGUCUGGUUCUAUCUGAUAUACGAAUGCGCGAUUCUCAUGGCAAAGAGAAUCGCGAGAGAAUUAUCUUCAACCGACUUAGUGUGGUAGAAAUGUUUGUUCCAUACGGGUCGCCGAAUGCACCCCAUCACAAAAAGCAUGCUUUCGACAUCGGAGAGUACGGCUCUGGAUUCAUGACCAACUCUCUGAAGUUAGGAUGUGAUUGCAAAGGUGCGAUCCACUACUUGGACGCUGUUCUGAAUUUCGGAAACGGGACACCUUUGUUGAUUGAAAACGCUGUGUGCAUUCACGAAGAAGACAAUGGCAUCCUGUACAAACAUACAGACUUUCGAGAUGGGAGUGUUGUUCUCGCACGAGAUCGGAAGCUGGUCAUAUCACAAAUUUUAACUGCGGCCAAUUACGAAUAUGCUUUCUACCACACAUUUACGCUGGAUGGAACCUACAAGCUGGAAGUGAAAUUGACUGGCAUGUUGAACACCUAUUGUCUCCACCCAAGUGAAGAAUCUGCGCCCUAUGGCACAGAGGUGGGGAAUAGACUUGAUGCUCAAAACCACCAGCAUAUUUUCUCUCUUCGCAUUGACCCGGAAAUUGAUGGACCCAACAACAGUGUGAUCCAAAAUGAUGCUGUUGCCGCCGAUUACUCUCCGGAGAAGAACCCAUAUGGAAAUGGUUUCCUAGCGAACAAGAGAACCUACAAAACGGCCAGGGAUGGCGCAUCCUCCUAUUGUCACGAAACAUCCCGGACGUGGGAUAUCGUGAACCCAAAUCGAGUCAGCAAAAUAUCAAAAAAGCCGAUUGGAUAUAAGAUCGUCAAUAGCCAGUGUCCUUCUCUCCUAGCACGGCCUGAUAGCAUAGUUACAAAACGAGGAGAAUUUGCUCGAAAGUCGCUUUGGGUCGUUCCUUACCGUGAUGGUGAAUUAUUCCCCGCUGGUGACUAUGUCUGCCAAUCAAGUGGCAUGCAUCAUCCACAAAACUUGACAAUCACUGAUUGGGUGGCUCGCGACGAACCCAUUGAAAACACAGAUAUAGUUUGUUACGUUCAAUUUGGCCUCACGCACUUCCCUCGCAUGGAAGAUUUCCCCAUUAUGCCUGCAGAGCCGGUCAGUGUGACUUUGCGCGCAUCAAACUUUUUUGAGAAAAAUCCUGCUCUCUGGGUGCCUCCGUCAGAUGUAUCUGGAGACAAAUCCUCUGCUUUGGCCACUGUAAGCUUCCACUCCGCAAGCCCCGGAAAAGAGCCAAGUGUAGUGUUCCCGAGACUUUGA